UUGACAUUGCAACAUAAAUCUCCCAUUCAGCAGGCGGACAAGGUGGUAACUCUAGUUGUUAAAUGCCAUUGGGACUCCAUGCAGCAUAAGUGAAGGACUUUACAGGGGCGAGCGUGCAGCCGACUGAACAAAGAGGAAAACAGCACACUUCAAACAUUCCUUACACUUGGAGGAAGGACGGAAGGAAGAAAGACCAUUGUUGUUUGACACCAGUGAAAACUUAUAUACACUCAAGCAAGGAAAUCCAGGUACCUCGGAGACAAUAUAUUUCGCAAAAGGAAGUGACUCAGCAGUCCACAUUACUGAUGCUGCGUUGCAGACCGAAAGUGGUGGAGUAGUGAGUGUGAGACAGCAAACCGUCCAGGAGAGACAUGAGAGAACAUCGAAAAGUAACCGGCCAUCGGCGAGAUAGUGCACAAGAGAAAGUCAGAAGGAGGAUACAUACACACUGAAGCCCUGUAAGGAGAUUACAAGCACCGGAGAAGCACCGAUCCUCCUCAGUGAAAUGCCAAGGAGCUGAUAAUGGGGCUCACAGCAGUACGUAUACUCUGGCUUGUGCGUGUAUUCACGUUGACAACACAAGAGCUGGUGGGACUGAGUGUGAGUCCCAGGAUUACUGCAGAGUGUGACAAACCGGUAACCCUACAAUGCAAAGUGUCCCCGUCGCCUACUGGACUGUCAAUCAAGCAUAUGGAGUGGUCCCACGACAAAACCUCCUUGUGUUCUGUGAACAGUGAAGGAAACAUUUCAUACAACAGAAGUACAUAUAGUGGCUUCCGUUGUGAGUAUAAAGAGGGACAGUUGUCCCUCGUCUUUCAUAGAGUGCAGCCAGAGAACGGAAACUCAGGGCCCUACAUGUGCAAACUUCAGUCCAACAUGGGAGCUCUGCAUCUAUACACACCUCUGGAGUUGGAAGAGUGCGCCGGGAUGGUGCAGGGCCUUUUAACGAGUGAGGGUCCUGCCUGCACCUUCAACAGUGUCCACCCAGACGGAGAUGUGCACUGGUUUCACGGCUCCCACAAUCUCUCAGACGGCCCGGCAAAGCACAACACCACCAAACGUGUAGGCGAAGGGGGCUGGCUGACCAUUCAUAGCAAUCUGCAGUGGGAAAGUUCAGAUGUGCCCUUCAACUGCUCCCUGAAGAGCAGCAAAUCUGGACGAUACAUCGCAAAUACUUUAAUUCAUAAGAGCGCCAGUGCACAUGGGGCUUCACGCUCACUCCCCAAUGGAGUCAGAUCACACGGACCCUUGAGGAUAUUUCUGUGUAUUUCAGUCCUACUGGCUGUCACGCUGAAGUAAAGGGUUUUUGCUAAAUGAAAUCCUCAUCAUGGAGUGUGAUAAGAUAUCAGGGAGAGGUGAAGAUUAACAUUUAUUAGGAACAAUGACAAGGAACUGAGAUUUAUAGAUUCUUUCAAUAUCCAGGGCAAAGCACUCUCAGUUAAGUGAGUCAUCUUGUAUUGUGCAGAGGUGUAUUAUUAUUCUCCCUUUAGCUCUUGGCUGAAGUGACCAGGGAAAUUAUAGACUGUUGAGAGGUGAUAACAAGGGAGCUGGUAGUCAUUACACUGUAUGAAAUACAUUUGCUGUUUUCUUUCUAUAGAGAGUCACAGAUGAGGGAACAGGGCGUACUAUGACACUCUGACACACACACACACACACACGCACACACACACACACACUUCAUUGACUUGCAAACACUCAAGGAUUGAUUUUGGCUGCUUGUUCAGUUAAGUCCAGAUGUAUAUAUCUUCUGGACACAGGUCGUUUUGAGGAGGCUAUGUACAUGUCUGAUAGACUCAGAUGAAUAUAUCAGAUGACAGGUGUGUCCAGCGCCAUGUGUGUCACUAUAAGCAACGUUGAAAUAAAGUCUGUCCAUCUUAAACAGACGGCAGACCUUAAAAAAUGUUGCAUGUCAAAUGCCAGACAGAUGAUAAUACAGAAACUCUGGGCUUUGUGGUUGGAUGCUGCCCUCUGGUAGCUGUGAUCAGAAAUACAUGUGUCUGUGGCUGCUGCACGACUAAAUGGAGGGCAAAUGGUUUGCUCUGCUCACGGAAUGUAAAAAAUUUCAACCAAAUUCCAAACGGUCAACCAGUUUCCAUGAGGGCUAUUUCUCUGCAGAAUGCCGUUGCAGUGAGACCACAGACUCGCAUCUUCGCUCCUGUGUCGCGUCGUCAGCCUGCCCUCGGUUUCUCACUGCUCAAGACUUUGCAGCUUGAAGGUAGAGGACAAACUCAGCUCCGAGGCUAAAAACUCUGCCACUUUAACGGCUCAGUGCACCCUCUUGUGACGGGACAUUUGAGAGCCUUUUCAAGUCAGAGUGACAUUGCCAAUGGUGUCACUAAACCGGCUCUACACGGGGGCCGGUCGGGCUUUUAGCAAGACGUUGCUGCGGCUGAGAUCCCACUGGGUAAAUGAGUACAAGGUCACCUUGACCUUUCCAGCGCACAUGGCUGCAUCCACACACCAGUCCCAAUACACGUACAUAGUUAAAUGCUUGUGUUGUUUUCUUUAAUCUGUUUAGUGGAAUAAUUGCCUCUAAAGAGAAGAAUUUUAAGAAAUAAGAAAUAUUGCUAUGGGCAUUUUAAAUACAUUACAUUAAAAAGAAAUUGAUGGAAUUCCUUAAAAUGGCUGUAUUUUUUUGUUUUGAUUAACUUAAUUUUGCCUGAAAACAAUCACUGUGAUUUGCUUCAUAGGCAGCUGUUUCUUUAACUAUUGCAUUAUUGAUUGGUCAUUGUUGCGUGGAAUUCUUUUUUUGUUGGAUGCAGAACAGAGGAAUGUCAAACACUAUAUUGCUUUACUGAAAUUUCUCAUCUUCACAAGAUUGAACAUUUAAAAAAAAUGUGUUUGCUACUGAUGUUUACAAAAAUAAAUAACCGUUUUUAGAAUUUAGAGGGAAAUAAAGAGCAUGUGUCGAUAGAA